GCCUUCUUAGAGGCAAGUUUUGAAGGUAAGAGGUUCUUUUAAUAACAUAAGCUCCCUAGUUAAAGACACAUUUAACAACAAUCAAUGUCAAACACACAGGGUUUUUCGCAAUUACUCUUACGGGAGUGAUUCGCCUACCCCGUUGAACUUUCGAGACAAGAACAGGCGAAUUCAACUCCUGACUUCCUGAAAUGGCCUAUACCAUGGACGCUGCCAUGGCUGACGCCUUGGGUCAUCUCAAUCGUAUCUCUUCGCAUCUUCGGAAGCAUGACCAGCACCAGGCUGCAAAUGAAAUUGGAAAAUUGAGCAUUAUGAUUGUCGAGGCUUUUUCUGAGGGUAUUGAACAAAUUCCUCCAAGCCACUUUGUCUUUGACGAUAUAGUAAAAGCCCCCACUCCGUUAUCUAUUACCCUUGAGAUCGAAACUAGGACUAAGCGCGAGCAGCAGGUCGAUCAGGAUCAGCAUAUCAUUCCCCACCAGGCAGUUUCUCGUGACGUGAUCCAGAAGCAGGCAGUCAUGGCUCUCAUGAACGAGGUCGAGAAAGACAAAAGAGAGACUGCCAAUAUCAUGAGUGGAGAACUGCAGCGUAUUCCAGCAGCCAAUGCAUCAACUAGGCCGCCUGGAAGCUGGGCCCAAGUUGCCAGUUCCUACUCCGGCCUUCAGGCCCCUCCCCCUUCUGAGGCAACCCAGUUCAUGUCACCAUUGUCAAUGACAUCUUGUUCUGCAUCUAAGAAGAGCCAGAAUAGCGAUGAUGACGGCGGUGAGUCGGCCACAGAGCCUGGAAUGCCUCUUACCUCACCGGGUUUGCCGGAGAUCCCUGAGGAAAAGGCAGGAAUCAUCCGCAUUUACGGAAGAAUUUCCAAGGAUGUUGUUCAAUUUGUCACUACUCGUAUUCACGAGGGGCCUUUACAGGACAUCCGUAUUGAAACCAACGAAAGAACUCGUGUUAUUUUCCAGCAUGCGUCCCACGCGCUUGCAUUUUUGAAAUCCAACCAAGAGAUGGAAGCUCUGCUUGGCUUUGGACGUUUUGGGUGUGGUUAUCACGUUGAACUGGCCGAGAUCGUCGAUUGGAAUGAAGACCAUCGUCGGAUGAACCAGCCGAUUAGAGAGCGUCGCCGCCUCUCCUUUGCGAGGAAGAGACUUUUUGCGGACAACAUGUCUCCCGAGAAGUGGAAGCACGAUAUCCGUGCUCUAGCAGGCCCUGGAAACAUUGACUUUCUUUGGGUGUUUAAUUCUGGUAACGCGACGGCCGUGUUCACGAGCACGAUUGUUGCUCGCAAGGUUUUGGAAGUGUUCAACAGAUGGAAGGAGGGUCGUAACGUCUACAGUGGUGUUUCGGUGACCUUCUCCUCGGACCCAUGUGAAAAGGAGCUGGUUUUAGUCAAAGAGACGAACCGCCCUAACAUUGCCAAGCACUUGGCUAGAAGAGCCAUCCGCUAGGGGUGGAAAUUUGUGUGUCUGCGGAUGGCGCUGGGGUAUCCCCUACACUGCACUCUUCUUUAGUGAGUAUUCAUUGGAAGGGAUAUG